AUGCAAGGAGGAUAUCAGGGCUAUGCCGUCAAGUAUUCUCCUUUCUUUGACAAUAGGCUUGCCGUGGCCGCCUCGGCAAACUAUGGCUUAGUUGGAAAUGGUAGGCUUUUCGUGCUCGAGCUGACCCCAAACGGAAUACAGUGCUUGAAAUGGUAUCCGACCCAGGACGCCCUCUACGAUGUCGCGCAUUCGGAAGUUCAUUCGAACCACCUCUUGACCUCUUCCGGAGAUGGCUCUCUACGGCUGUACGACGUGUCUUUAGAUCCUCAGUACCCGAUUGCUACAUUUCAAGAGCACACUAGAGAAGCCUUCUCGUGUAGCUGGAACCUCACGUCCAAGGCUACUUUCGCGUCGUCGUCUUGGGACGGAAACGUCAAGAUAUGGAAUCCUGAAAGGCAACAGAGUCUUUUGACGCUGCCCACGCACUCGUGCACGUAUAGUACUCAGUGGAGCCCGCAUACCGAUGGGUUACUGAGUGCAUCAUCUAAGAGUUUGGGAUCUUCGCACACCAGCUUCAGCAAAUAA